CCCCCCCCCCCCCAUCUCUUGCCGUUUCUCACGAUGCACAAUCCCGACGGCUCUGCCCUGGAAAAGGGUAUAUGGGUGGCCGUCGGUAUCGCGACGGUGAUCCUCAUCCUUCGCGUUGUUGCGAAAAUCAAGAUCCGCCAGCUGUAUGUCGACGAUGCGUUGAUGUUCAUCUCUUGGGCGUUGGCCCUGUCCUCAACGGUCCUCCUGACGCUCUCCGUGCGCGAAGGCUUCGGCUCCGACCUCACACUGCUUCCCACCAAGAAUGUGGAGCACAUCCUCAAGUACAUCGCGCUGGAGGUGCUGCUGGUGACGAUCAGCACGGGCAUCGCGCGCUGCUCCUUCGUGAUCUAUCUGCUGGGGAUCCUGGGCGGCAACAAGAAGUACCAGCUCGCGCUGUGGGUGGCGAUGCUGCUGCAGCUGGCGGCCAAUAUCGUGUCCGCGGUGCUGCCCAUGAGCAUCUGCCGGGACGAUCGGAUCCUGUGGAAUGCGAACAUCAAGACCACCUGCGGCAACACGGUGGCGGUGGUGCGGUUCUCCUACUUUUCGUCGUCCGUCAACACCGCGACCGACCUCUUCCUCGCCGUCUUCCCGACCAUCGUCUUCUGGAACCUGAACCUCCGCCUCCGGAUCAAGAUCAGUCUGAUCGUGCUGUUGAGUCUGGGUCUGGUGGCAAUGAUCGCCUCGAUCAUCAAAACCACCAAGCUGAAGGACGUCCCCAGCGUGACCAACAUCGGGGCCUCGGGCGGGGUGGAGCUGAUCCGCUGGGGGUUCGCGGAGAGCCUGAUCAUCAUCAUCACGAGCUCGGUGCCCUGCGUGCGGCCCCUGCUGAUCUCCUCGGUGCAGAAGCUCUCGUCCGCGGCGCGGUCGCGCUCCUACGAGCUGUCCGGCCCCUACUCCAAGGGCAAGGAGUCGGCCCCCGGCGGCCACUACUACGAGCGGCAGGCGUCGGGCCAGCGCGACGACGCCGACAGCAUCGAGCAGAUCCUGAAGGAUCUCCAUCGGCCUCCGUCGGGGUCCGACCGCCGCCGGGAUGAGGAGGGGGGGGUCGUCGUGGAGGGUGGGAUUCAGAAGCAGGUCGAGUUCUCUGUGGUGACGGCGCGGGACGAGUCGUAG